GUACCCCUCUCGAGCAGUUUACCGCCGUCUGUCCCAACCCUUCAUUCCGACGACGUGCACCUUGGCACCAACUUUCUCCUAGACAGUACGUUGCCAGUUGUCUCCGCAACAGCACGGCUCGCACCACCGUCGUCGUCAAACAACAUGCGUCCGAUGCCCGUUAAGUUCCAGGGUGCGGGAGAAGCACCAAGCAUGAAGCAGCAUCAGGCGCAGCACCAGGAGCUCUCGAGCACAGGGGGUGGCGGCGGCACGGCAUUCAGUCCCACUCGCAGGGUGGGUGCCCGCGGUGGCCCUCAGCUGUUCGCCCAGAAGCUGUUCACGCUCGUAGAAGAGGAGGACUCGGAGAUCGUGGAGUGGCUGCCUGACGGCUUGGCGUUUCGCGUGAAGGACAUACAGCGUUUCAGCUGCGAGGUUUUGGAGAAGUACUUUAAUCACUCCAAGUUCACCUCGUUCCAGCGGCAGCUCAACCUCUACCAGUUCAAGCGCCGGAAAGGUGCGCACGCGGGGGCCUUCCACCACCCUAGCUUCCGCAGGGGGCAGCGCCACCUGCUCUCCAAGGUCCGGCGCCAAAAGGUGAAGCGGGACCUCGCCGUUGAGGCAAGAGCCGCGCAGCGCCUCGCCCGCGUCAAGGGCGGCGGCGGCGGCGGCGGCGGGAAUGCUUUCGUUGCUUCUCAGCUGUCCGGGCGGGGUAGGACGAGGGCGGCCGCGCAAGCCGACCUCCGCCCGAUCCGCCGCGGCCGGAAGCUCGAAGACGACGCCACCACCGCCAACGACGACGUCGACGACGACGAUGAUGAUGUCUCCGACGAGGUCUCCGACGAAGAAGAGUACGGGCCGGCGGCUUCGGGGUCUCGUCGCAGCGCUCUGCGUCGGCGCGUGGACUCUGGCACCGGGGGAGGCGCGAGGUACGUUCAGGACGGCAGCAGCAACGGCGGCGACGAGAGCUCCAACAACGGGACGUGGCCCACCCAGAGUACCGCCGGGGGCCUCGAGCGGGUUUCGAGCGGCGACAGCAAGGACGAGCGGCUGUGCCGGGGGCAGCCCGACAACAUGAACAACGACCACUGGCGGGAACAGGUGCCCGGUUCUCCCGCGAGGUCUCCCACCGGCCUGCAGCACGUGUUGACCCCCACCACCAUGACCUCGCCCUCCGACUACGAGCACUCUCCUGUCGGCGAUUUCGGCGGCCUCGACCGGACGUCCUCCGUGAGCUCUUCCUUGGCCUCCUCGCUGUCCUUCUCUUCGGCGGGAUCGUGCUCGCCGAGCCAGUCCGACACGACCUUCGACCCCAGCAGCCCCUACCUGUUCCGCGACACCGACUGCGACGAGAGCGGCGGCCACAGCGACCCCAUCAUCAACCAGCACUCCCCAAUGUCCAUCCACUCGCCGGUCGGGCAGGCCGUAGCGACCGUCCAGGCGGCGGCGGCGGCGGUGGCGAAGGCGACCCAGACGUCUCCAGCGAUGCAGCAGUACGACCAGGACCUCUCCCUUGCGGCGGUCGUGGACGCCUCGCUCAACGGGUGGAACUCCCCGCACCAGUCCUCGCCGCUCUCGCACCUGGAGCAGUUCGGGUGGGGGGCCGCCAACAUCACUAUCCCUGGCGAUGCGGGGGGGCCGUGGUCCUCCGAACCUUCGCCUGCUACCGGGGUGCCCAUUCACCACCAGCUGUCUCAGGCGUCCCCCCACCAGGAGGACUUCGGCUUCAUCGACCUGUUCGCGGCUAACUGGGAUCCCAACGACGGCGGCAGUGCUCCUUCUUGUACGCCUGCUUCGUCGACGUACUCGGGGGUAAGGGCCUCUUCUCCUCCCGACAACAGCAAGAGCGGCGGCGGCGGUGGCGACGGGAGAAACAUGAACGACAGCGACGCUUUCUUGAAGGAGGCACAGGCCGCCGGGGUGUUCAUCGGCGUGGAGGACCUUCUUGUCCCCCGCAGUAGCGUCGGUGGCGGCGCUGGUAGUUUUGGCGGCCCCGUAGACUUUGCCUGAUGGGUAUGCAUGCGAGGUUGCGCUGGAAAGUAGAGUACAGUGCAUUGGUUUCUUGUUUGAAAAAAGUCUGUGUUGUUACUUACUGUGGACGAAGAGGCGAAAGCGUUGAGGAAAAAAAAUGGAUCUGGAUUUAGUCCACCGGCUCGAAAAAUUUGGUCGAUGUUAUUUUACGUGAGCGUUCGGGAAAUGAGCAUUGGCGGUUCGAUGUGCAACCUUUCGGUGAAACCUUGUGCCUGGCUCGUUGUAGACGGUGAUAAAUCUUCCGAUGACCCCUAGGUAUUUUGAAGUUUUGCAUCUGGCUGCGAGUGUUGGCAGAUGGACUGCUGGAGGAGGGUUGAUUUGGGCGCGAGCACGUAUUGUACCGACGCGCGGAUGGAUAUGUACGUACCUUCUGUACGCCCGGCCAUGUUCAUGUUCAUGCUGAUCUAUGGUUGAUAUGCCUGUACAGUCAUGAUUGUUUGGGACGUCUACUUGAUGUUGUUGGUGGUACUACCGUGGAUGGCGUACCGGUUGGCGUACGGUGCUAAUUUUAUCAUCUGUAGCGAUGCUUACUGUUUCUUUACAUUUUUCAUGUUGAUGAUUCGUGAUUAAUAAAUGUAUGCACGGGCAGACGUCAGGGUCGGUGUCCCCCCACCCAGUGCGUGAGAAGUUGGUACCCCGAAAACUGGUAUAAAAAUGUGUUUGCUAGCAGACAAGGCACUCUAGUGCUGUGGCACAAAUCGUUGUUGUAUGUGGUGCUCCGACUGGGAGCAUCGUGUGUUAGUCCUCUUCUAUUCCGUGGUCAUGUAUAAUAGUCUAGCAUCCGUCCGGACGGACGGGUGGUUGUCCCUAAGCUUCUGCUUUAUUACGUAUCGGUCUGCCCCCGGGAGCUAGCGCUCGACACCAAACACCGGGCGGGACUUGGCUGAUUUUUCUAUUUACCUCAUUGUGUCUAGGACAUUGGUCUAUCUACUUGAUGAUUGUCCUCUACGGCUAUGGACUGGCGCGGUCGGUUGUGGAACCGGCGCCUUUCCUAGUAAGGAGGCACAAGAAAGGAACAAGUUACACUAAACGUGUCGUACUGCACGGCAGCAAGGAUGUAGUAAUUGUAUCAAGGGUGGGCAUAGGCAAGUGGGGCCCUUUCAUGAUACACAUUUUUUUGUGGCGGCGGCCAACUAACGAAGCUGUUCGAAUGGCAAAAGGGAUAGCUGAAAGAAAAUACCUGCUCUUCCCUUUGCUGCACAGAACGCCACCGACGAGGCCCGAGCCCCUCGUUACCGUAGGCCAACUAAAAACGCGGACGAUUGUUGUCUCCUUGCAUGUAUUCAUUGAUAUCCAAGAUAACUUCAAAAGCAAGAUCACUACACACCCAUCGAUGCUCUCCUCCACACCAAAUGACUAUAUACCUCGACACUAAAGCGUAGACAAACGGCCGACACAUCGAAGCCCAAGUCGAAGUGAACAAAGGAACCGACACCGAAAUGUGUGGUUCAAAAACCAAAAUAAUCCCCGCGUAAAUUGUCUGAACAAAAAAAACGCACGCACGCACACACGAAAACGACGUGCCUCGAGUGCCACUCAAGAUGACGACAACUCGAGGGGAAAUGAUCAAGAAAUACGGAGGCCACACGACAUGGCAUGGUAGGAAAUACGCACACUUCUAUUUACAAAGCGCCCAUGUGCGGUUACUUACGCUCAGACACCAAAUGCCACUGCUAACCCAUUUGCUCGACACUAGAAGCAGGUUGCGAAAUACUCGUCGACUACUCUAUCCCGUCCCGUAUACUGUCUCGUGUGCGGAACUACACACCCUUUACCCCAUAACGUUCCACCAAAAUCCGACUAUAAAAAAAACAGGUUAACCUACAUAACCCUAUGUACAUGGCGUUGUACGAGGAGUAAGCCCUCCGUAAAUAACAGCGACACAAAGAAGCAAAA